AUGUCCAAGACCCUGAAGAAGAAGAAGCACUGGUCCGCUAAAGUCCAGGAAUGCGCCGUGUCAUGGGGGGGAUCCGGCGACCUGGUCACGGUGGUGGAGCUGCGAGGCGGCGCUGAGCACGGGGAGUUCCCCUACCUCGGACAAAUAGUAGCCGAGGCGAUUGUCUGUCACGCCGGAAGAUUGCCGGGUAUCGGGGAUGUGCUGCUCGAGGUCAACGGCACUCCGGUGAGCGGACUCACCCACCGGGACACUUUGGCUGUCAUCCGCCACUUCCGAGAGCCCAUCCGCCUGAAAACAGUCAGACCAGGGAAGGUGCUGAAUGCGGAUUUGCAUCACUACCUCAGUCUGCAGUUCCAGAAGGGGUCUCUGGAUCACAAGCUACAGCAGGUUAUCAGGGACAACUUGUACCUGCGCACUAUUCCCUGUACCACUCGGCAGCCCAGAGAGGGAGAAGUUCCAGGAGUGGACUACAACUUCAUCAGUGUGGAAGAGUUUCGGAACCUGGAAGAAUGUGGACUACUGCUUGAGAGUGGAACCUACGAUGGUAACUACUACGGCACACCUAAACCGCCUGCCGAGCCGAGCCCUGUACAGCCAGACUUGGUUGACCAGGUACUGUUUGAUGAGGAAUUUGACAAUGAAGUCCAACGAAAGCGCACAACCUCAGUCAGCAAAAUGGACAGGAAAGACAGCGCAGCCCCAGAGGAGGAGGAUGAAGAUGAGAGACCUCCAAUGCUCAAUGGACAAGCUGACCACAAGGACAAGGCGGAUUGGAGGAAGACUGUGCCCAGCUACAAUCAGUCAGCUGGUGCCAUGGACCUGCGAGCCUGGAGUGCAAUGGCGCAGGACGAUAGUCAGGAGCCCCUGCCAAAGAACUGGGAGAUGGCCUACACAGAGACCGGCAUGGUCUAUUUUAUAGACCAUACAAGCAAAACUACUACCUGGCUGGACCCGCGGCUCGCCAGGAAGGCCAAGGCUCCUGAGAAAUGCGAAGAAGGAGAGUUGCCCUACGGCUGGGAGAGGAUCGAGGACCCCCAGUAUGGUACCUACUAUGUAGACCACAUAAACCAGAAGACUCAGUUUGAGAAUCCAGUGCUUGAAGCAAAGAGGAAAGUAAGCGUGGAGAUGCCUUCUGCGGUGUCCUCAACAACAGCCACACCCUCAGAGGAGCCUAGUCAUGGAGUACAUCGCUUCACACGAGACCCGUCUCAGCUACAGGGCACCAUUUAUCAGACUGCGCUUCGAAAAAGCCCACAGGGCUUCGGCUUCACCAUUAUCGGAGGAGACCGUCCAGACGAGUUUCUUCAGGUCAAAAAUGUCCUACCUGAUGGGCCAGCUGCACACGACAAGAAAAUUGCCUCUGGUGAUGUGAUUGUUGACAUCAAUCGGGCAUGUGUGUUGGGAAAAACACAUGCUGAUGUGGUGCAGAUGUUCCAAUCCAUCCCCAUCAACCAGUAUGUUGAUAUGGUCCUCUGCCGUGGUUACCCGCUACCAGAGGAUUCUGGCAGCAGUGAGGACACGUCCAAGGACAUUUGCUCGUCUCCAGCCACAUCCACACCUCAGGACUCCCAACACAAAAUCCAGGAAGGAGGAACUCUCCUCAGGCAAACUGCUGCAGUACCGCCUAUGGCUAACGGGGGGCGUCAUCACCACCAUCACCACCACUCCCACCAUCAUCACCACCCUCCUCAUGGCCACAACCAGGAGGGCCCAGAUGCCACGCUGCUUCAGCCCGAACUCAUAAGUGUCCCUUUAUUGAAAGGCCCUGGAGGUUUUGGCUUCGCCAUUGCUGACUGUCCACUGGGUCAAAAGGUGAAGAUGAUUCUAGAUGCACAAUGGUGCCGUGGUCUGCUGAAAGGUGACGUCAUCAAAGAGAUCAACAGACAGAAUGUGCAGACGUUGAGUCACUCGCAGGUGGUGGACAUACUUAAAGACUUGCCUGUGGGCAGUGAGGUCAAUGUCCUGGUCCUCCGUGGAGGUCAGACAUCACCUGUGAAAUCAUUGAAACCAUGCACAGCACCAACAUCUCAGCUUGCUCCCCAGCAUACACCCCAACCUACAUUCCAGCCUGCCCCUCAACAAACCCCUCACCACGCCCACCCGACUCCUGUCACUCAGUUGCAGCAAUCGGAGCUAAACAACAGCCCCGAGACUCUUGGUCAUGCAGAGGUGCUUCCUAAUCCUCUCGCCAACAUCAUUCGCUCGUCUUCUCCCAAGCCAGAUGCUUCGGAACUGUACAUCAAGUCCAAAGCUAUGUUGGAUAGCCAGCCUGCAAACACCAAGGAUCUCGAUGUGUUUAUCAAGAGAAAUCAGGAGUCUGGCUUCGGAUUUAGGGUCCUUGGAGGCGAGGGGCCGGAGCAACCAGUGUACAUUGGCGCCAUCGUCCCACUGGGUGCCGCUGAGAAGGACGGACGCCUGCGGGCGGGUGAUGAGCUGCUUUGUAUCGAUGGCGUGCCAGUGAAAGGCAAAUCGCACAAACAAGUCCUAGAAUUGAUGACCAACGCAGCCCGCAAUGGUCAGGUCAUGCUAACAAUCCGUAGGAAACUUACACAUUUAGAUGGUGGUGGCUGGGAGGAAGAUGGUGUGCAGCAGCCCCUGCAGGUAACACCUGCUCGGGUCGGCAGCUCUCCCACGACCCCGCGAGUGGAACCUCCGAAGGCUGCCUAUCCGUCUCGACAGGAGUCCUUUGAAGUCACUCUGCAUCGCAAAGACAACGAAGGCUUUGGCUUUGUCAUCCUCACCUCAAAGAACAAACCCCCUCCUGGAGUAAUACCUCACAAGAUCGGACGCAUCAUUGAAGGCAGCCCUACGGAUCGAAUGGGUCAGAUGAAAGUGGGCGACCGCAUCUCUGCUGUAAAUGGUCAGUCGAUCAUUGACUUGUCACACAACGACAUUGUCCAGCUCAUCAAGGAAGCUGGCACUUCGGUGACGCUCACUGUUGUACCUGAAGAUGACAGCAUGCCUCCGUCCACCACAAACUCAGCCAUGCAGAGUCCUUCAGGGCAUCAUAGAGCUGUUGGCCAGCAGCCUCCAAACUAUAUUGACAGGAAUGGCGACAUGAUAGCACUCAACCCAUCAGGCCUCAAGCAGGACUGUUUUGUGGUGGAGCUGGAUCGUAGCCAGAGGGGUUUCGGCUUCAGUCUGAGGGGAGGUAAAGAGUACAACAUGGGUCUUUUUAUCCUGCGUCUAGCUGAGGACGGGCCUGCACUUAAAGAUGGGAGGAUCCAUGUUGGCGAUCAGAUUGUGGAGAUCAAUGGUGAGGCCACUCAGGGCAUCACGCACACACGGGCCAUCGAGCUGAUCCAAGCGGGAGGCAAUAAAGUUCAUCUGUUGCUCCGACCCGGCCAGGGUUUAGUUCCCGAUCACAGUUCAAAUGACAACGUAACCAUUCCAACCUCAAACUUAUCCAAGCACUCUAUAAUUGAAGGCCAGUUAUCAUCUCCAGCCUCUCCGUCCUCUGUCUCCAUCUCUACCUCAGAAGUGUCCCCAUCCUCACCCCCGGUAAUGGGCCCCGAUGAGUUCCCCAGAACGGAGCUAUGGUCAGUGGGAUCGCCUGGCGCCGGGAGGGAGCACGCGCGUCAAGCUAACCGGUCAAGAGGACAUCAGGUUUCCAACAAGCGCACCACCAGCCCUGGCACCCAAGCCAGGAAAACAAGCCGUAGCGACAUCAAGGCUACCAGUCCUAAGCGAGAAAGCGGAACAGAUCUUGUGGACAGCUCUCAGAGCCCCAAAAAACCAGAGCGGGGUUCCUCAGAGGAUACAGGCAGGCAUCGAAAGCACGAAACGCAGCGAGGCCCCCGCUCCUCCAGCCCUAAGAAGAGCUCCAAAAGGGAUCAUGAAGCUGCUACGCUUUCGAAGAAUCAGGAAGAACCUCAAAGCCCACGGCGCCCAGCUGGCCAGCAGCCACCUGGAGAAGGGCGAAGGUACAAGGAUGAGGCUAGGUGGCAGGAAAUUCACACUUCAGAAAGUGAUCGCCACAGGAGGAGCAAAGAGACGGUGGCACAAAAGUCACACGGGCACAGGGAGAGGACGGGAUCAGGCACCGAUACGCUUAGCCGCAGGAGUGCAAAAGACAAGGAGAGUAGGUCCCAUGGUUUGCCUGAAGAUGUGAAUCAAAGAGAUCUCAGGGGGUCCAGCAGUAGCAUUCAAGAUCCUGGCUGCAAUGGGACCUCCACCAAGAAGCCUCCUAUCACUCCAGGCCCAUGGAAGGUCCCCAGUCCAAGCAAAAUCCAGUCCCAGGUGGACACAACAUAG